GAAAAACUGGAAUAUAUUUAAUCUCACUCUUAAGCUUGCUGCGAUUCUUAUCAACAAUUCAAGUCUCUGUUUCUCUCUCCAUAGUAAUUGAUGUUGAUAUAUGCGGCACACAAAUUCAAUUCAAUCCGAGUCUAGUUUCAAUUGUUUGAUGGUCUCAACUCUUUCCACCAAAUCCCACAACAGAAUCAAUGCCAAAAAGUGAAAAAAAUAAUCAAGUAUUGAUUUCUUCCCCCUCUUUCUCUCUUGUGUCAUGGCAUUUCUGAGCUCUGUUUUACUUCAGGUAUGAAUCAGUUUCUCUAUUGAUUGAUUCUUUGUGGCAAAUGCAAAGAGAUCGACCAGACCAUAUAGGUUGCUGAUCGAUAAAACCUUAGGAAAUGGGAUGUUUUGUAUCGACUCAAAAAGACACUAGUGGAAAUCGGAGAAGGCCAGCAAACAUUGGGGAUGUCGCUGUGUUUGUUCCGGGUUUACGGAUCCCUAAGCCUGCUGAUUUCUCAGAGAUGCUGGGCGAUCACCUGUCUAAAUGCUUGGUGGAACGCUUUUCUUCUCUCAGAACGAGGAUAGUUGUAAUGGCGGGGCAAGAAGCUCCAACGAUUACAACAAACAGAAGGAAAACUGCUACCCAACAUGGAGGUUCGACGCUGGGCGAUCUCCUUCAGGCUCUAGAAGAAUAUCUGCCCGUGCUUCUUGGAUUGGUUAAAGAGGGGAGUCCUCUGCAGCACAAAGUACAGUUCGUCUGGAUCAAUCAAGAAGAUGAAGCGGAGGAAACGGCAAUGUGUAGUGCUUGGUACGAAGUAUUAUCUGUUUUGCAUUUAAUGGCAACAUUAUCGUUAUCCCAAGCUAAUCUAUUGCUUCUUCCGAGAACGGCAGUUGAUGGUUAUCAGCCCAAGCUAUCGGAAGAGAGUCGUCGAUCUUCUGUUGAUGUUUUCUUGAAAGCAGCUGGGUACCUUGAUUGUGCUGUCCGCCAUGUUCUCCCGCAGUUUCCCAAUGAACUGAGGAGGAAUCUUCCAGUGGACCUUUCUGAAGGAGUUCUACGAGCACUUUGUCUCCAAGCACUUGGACAGGGCGUUGAUAUUCAUCUGGGACUUGCUAUUGACAGCACUAAAGCAACGCUGGCUGUAAAACGAAGACUUGCCUGCGAGAUGGUGAAAUACUGGCAGCAGGCACAAGAUAAUAUAAUAGACCUUAUGAUGGCAAACGGGUGGGGAGAAAAGCAUCAACUAUUCGUGAAAUGGAAAUACGUAGAAGCAAAGGCUGAGGCAUAUUACUACCACGGUCUAAUUCUGGACGAGGGGAAGACGGAGAAGUCUCACGGGAUGGCUGUAGCUGCUCUGCAAGCAGCAGAUGAGUACCUCAAAGAGAGCAACAAAGCCUGUGAAGCUUUCCAUGCAUCACCCCCGCUAUCUAGGAAUCCUCCUCUUUGGGGAACCAUGAAGUUUCUCUCUGAAAAGAUCCCAAAGGAUACUUGUAGCAAAAUGAGAAUCAACAAGGAUCUUUACUCUCACGACAAUUUUUAUUGUAGGAUAAUGGAGACAGCGCCAACGCUGCCAGAAUUUGCCUUGGCCCUCAAACCGGACGAGUACCAGCUUCCUCCGGUGGAUAUCUCGUGGAAUCAACAACUACAGAACACUAGAUGAUGAUGAUGAUUGGCAUGACCAAAAUGGUUGUCACAGAUUAUGAAUAAUGUGGUGUUUUGCUGUGUCUCAAAGCUUUCAACUAGAGAAAUGGGGUAAAUGUUUGGUUGCAGAGGGCCUCUGUGAAAUUCACAUUGUGGUGUAAAUCUCAGUGUGUGAAAGAAUGCUACAACAGCAUAAUAAUUCAAACCAUUUUCUCAACUCA